UGCACUCCCAGCUCUUUGUAGUCAUGAAUUGACUGCAGAAGCUAAGCAACAGAAGCAGAGUGCUGUCUACUCUGCUGGGAAAGUGUGAGAGGAUUGUAAAAGCUAGUUGCUUCAAAGCAGGAUCCACCAUGCUCCGUCCAUGUAGAGAAGAGGAAACUGAGAAUGAAAUUGUUUUGGAAAGUUAAAAUGAGCUCUAUUCAGGACUGGGGUGAAGAGGUAGAGGAAGGAGCUGUUUAUAAUGUCACCCUCAAAAGAGUGCAGAUUCAACAGGCUGCCAAUAAAGGAGCAAGAUGGCUAGGGGCUGAAGGGGACCAAUUGCCUCCAGAACAUACUGUUAGCCAGUAUGAGACAUGUAAAAUCAGAACAAUCAAAGCUGGCACCCUGGAGAAACUUGUGGAAACCCUCCUGACAGCUUUUGGAGACAACGAUUUUACUUACAUCAGCAUUUUUCUGUCAACGUACAGGGCCUUUGCCUCUACUAAAGAAGUACUAGAAAUUCUCCUUGACCGGUAUGGAAACCUGGAGACCUCAAACUGUGAAGAAGAUGGAAGCCAGAAUUCCUCAGAGUCCAAAACAGUACUCAGGAAUGCAAUAGCCUCACUCUUGAGAGCCUGGCUUGAUCCGUGUUCUGAAGACUUCAGAGAGCCACCGGAUUACGUGUGUUUGCAUAAACUGUUGGAUUACCUUAAAAGAAUCAUGCCUGGCUCUGACACAGAGAAAAGGGCACAAAACCUCCUGGAGCAGUUUCAGAAGCAAGAAGUAGAAAAUGAGAAUGGAUUUCAUAGCACCUUCAUUUUCAGCCUUGAUGUUGAUGAGGAAAUAGAAAUUGAUGGGACACAUGAGCUCUCUUUUUUCUCAGAAGAUCUUGUGGCAGAGCAGCUAACAUAUAUGGAUGCAGAACUCUUUAAGAAAGUAGUGCCCCACCACUGUUUGGGUUGCAUCUGGUCUCAGAGGGAUAAGAAAGAAUACAAGCACUUGGCAUCCACUAUCAGAGCCACCAUCUCCCAGUUUAAUGCAGUUACUAACUGUGUCAUCAAAACCAUCCUGAAAGACAAAGAACUCAAGCCACAGCACAGAGCCAAGAUCAUUGAGAAGUGGAUCAAUAUUGCACAAGAAUGUAGGAUCCUGAAGAAUUUUUCCUCCUUGAGGGCCAUUGUUUCAGCACUGCAGUCCACCUCCAUCUAUCGACUAAAGACGACCUGGGCAUCUGUUACAAAGGAGAAGAUGCUGACAUUUGAAGAGCUGUCCGACAUCUUCUCAGAGCAUGACAAUUAUCUGACGAGUAGGGAGCUGCUGAUGAAGGAAGGAACAUCUAAGUUUGCAAAUUUGGACAGUAGUGUGAAGGAGAACCAAAAAAGGACUCAGAGACGACUUCAGCUGCAGAAAGAUAUGGGAGUAAUGCAGGGCACAGUACCUUAUCUUGGAACCUUUCUUACUGAUCUGACCAUGCUUGACACAGCCCAUCAGGACCAUGUUGAGGGUGGGUUGAUAAAUUUUGAAAAGAGAAGACGAGAGUUUGAAGUAAUUGCCCAAAUUAAGCUUUUGCAAUCUGCCUGUAACAGCUACUGCCUUACACCAGAGCAAAAAUUCAUCCGAUGGUUUGAGAGACAGCAGCCCUUAACAGAGGAGGAGAGUUAUAACCUCUCACGUGAGAUUGAAGCAGCUGCAGACACUAGCACCACAUCACCGAAGCCUCGAAAAAGUAUGGUGAAGAGACUCAGCCUACUGUUUUUGGGAUCAGAUGUGAUCACCAAUAGUACACCCACCAAAGAGCAGCCAAAAUCUACUCCAAGUGGGAGCUCUGGUGAAAGCACAGAUUCUGUCAGUGUAUCAUCAUGUGAGUCGAAUCAUUCUGAAUCUGAAGAAGUCUGCAUCACGCCCAUAGACACGUCUGUAGAUACACCUGUGGACACGCCUGUAGACACACCUGUGGACACAGCUAUGGAUGAGCCUCAGAAAAAGCUCUCUGAAUCCUCGUCGUCUUGUUCCUCUGUACAUUCCAUGGACACACCUUCCUCAGGAGUAUCAUCUUUAAACAACAUAAACUCACCUCUUAUUUCCUCAACCUCCAAUCUGAAGAUUCAUAAGUGCCCCAUGCCUGUGACGUGCAUUACCUCCACAGUAUCAUCUCCUCUUUACAGCCAGCAGAAUGGAGAUGCAUGCAUAAUCCGGACCAGAGUAGAAAACAACAAUGGCAAUGUAUACAAAAGUAUCCUGUUAACUUGCCAAGACAAGACUCCAGCUGUCAUUCAGAGAGUUAUGUCAAAGCACAACUUAGACCCUGAUGAUUUUGAGGAUUAUGAACUUGUUCAGGUCAUCUCAGAGGACAAAGAGUUAGUCUUCCCAGACAACGCUAAUGUGUUCUAUGGCAUGAACAGCCAGGUGAAUUUUGACUUCAUGCUACGAAAAAAGCCUUCUUUAAUUUUUGGACCAUGGGAUUUUGGACAAGUGAAAAAGAGGAGCCAAUUUAGCCUGACACUCCCUAGGACGGCCCAGCGGGGGUGCUGGAGUAACAGACACAGCAAAAUCGCAUUUUGAAGAGAAGGAGCUAACACAAAGGAGAUUCGAUUUUGAUAUGGACCUUUGAUACCAUCCAGUAUUACAAAAUCACAGCAGAUGAAUGUAUCAGUAUUCAAAUCUGGAAUGCAAAGUGAGCAUUCACUAUAAUACAGAUAGAAACAUCUCUUUCCCUCUAUUAGUAUAGAGGUGGACGGCAAAAGACUUAUGGGACAGUCUAGACUAUGGAAAUAUUUUUUGCACAUUAGCCUAGGAAGGUGAGGUCAUUUUUACAGGGAAAAUUGGAACAACAAACCUCAUCUUAAGAAUUCCUCGUAAACUAACUCUCCUCCUAGGAAAACGUUUCUCCUUUGUGCCAGUAUUAACUACAACAAGGACUUGAAAAUUUAUUUUUUUAUGAACUAGAGAAGAAAAAUCGCAAUAAAAUUUCACCUGAAUUGAACAGGAUGACACAACCAGCCCUUAGCUGAAUGAUAACACCAAUUUCCAAAGGGUGUGGAUGAGCUGAAAGGUUGCUAGUUUAUCAUCCUGUCUAAAAAUUGCUGCCUCUGAGAGGCAUUCGCAUCAGUGAAAAAGAAGGCUUGAUGCCCUCUCAAAACACUUGUCUUUCAAAACACAACAGAAAAUGCAAUUGUGUGUGUUUGUUUCACACAUAUGACAAACUAUUUUGCACUUGUUCAAAGCCAGAAAAUACAUUUUGGGAUUUUUCCAAAGAGCAUUAGGAUAUUGGGCCAUGCUUGCUUUUGGAUGAAUGUCAUGUUUUGUU